GCAAUUCUUUUCGCUUCCCCUGGACCAAGAAAUCCCACACCAGGUUUGGCUUCUCAACGUGUUGUGGUUCGACGAAAAUGUUAAACAAUGGUAUGUGAAGAAGCAUUGACAAUCUGGAAUGUUUCUGAUAGAACAAAUACAGAUGUUAAAAGUGAUGAUGAUGAAGAGGAAGAAGAAGAUGACCAAGAAGUGGAAGAAGUUGAGGGAGUGGAUGAUACUUCUUCUAGUUCUUCAAAUGGAAAUGUUGAGGAGGCGGAAGAAGAUGUUGCUGUUUUGCCAGACAACUUUUCUGAUGUUGUCACAAUUAGUGCAAACCUAGCUUAA